AUGCCGCUCGAAUCGACUAUGAUCUGUUUGGACAAUUCCGAGUGGAUGCGGAACGGAGACUACAUUCCCUCGCGUCUCGAGGCGCAACAUGACGCAGCGAAUCUGCUGUGUGGCACCAAGACGCAGUCGAAUCCAGAGAGCACAGUGGGCGUGCUGGCUAUGGCUGGAAAGAGCAUUCAAGUCCUGGCGUCCCCGACCGACAACAUGGGAACGCUGCUGGGCGCGAUCCAUCGCGUCGAAAUUGGCGGCACGAUGAAGCUCGCGAACGCCAUUCAGGUGGCGCAGCUUGCUCUUAAGCACCGACGCAACAAGACAGGUGGUCAGCGCGUCGUGGUGUUUGUCGGCUCACCCAUCGAGGAAGAUGAAAAGCAGUUGACCAGGAUUGGCAAGUUGCUCAAGAAGAACAAUAUUGCUGUGGAUGUGGUGAGCAUGGGCGAACUCGAUGCCAAUGCUGCCAAGCUACAGGCGUUCGUGAGCGCUGCCAGCAGCAAUAACAACAGCCAUCUAGUGACAGUGCCGUCGGGCGUGCUACCCUCGGACGUGUUGGUCUCGUCGCCUGUACUGCACGGAGACGAUGGAGCUGCUGCUGCCGCGGCUGCGAGCGGUGGCGGCGGUGGCAACGGUGCUUUCACCGAGUACGGUGGCGUGGACCCGAGCAUGGACCCCGAGCUGGCUUUGGCCCUGCGAGUAUCGAUGGAGGAAGAGCGUGCCCGUCAAGAGGCUGCCCAGAAACGCGCAGCUGAAGCAGAGGCUGCUGCUACUGCUGCUGCAUCUGCCACUCCUGCUGCCGUCGCGGCUUCUGAGCAGACUGUGUCUGCCAUGGAGGCUGCAGGUGCAUCAGUGUCGGCUCCCGCAGCCGCUUCGUCGGCGCCCCCUCCUGCACCGGCACCGGCGUCCAAUUUGCCGUUCAUGGACCCCAAAUUCGUCAACUCAUUGCUGUCGGGAUUGCCUGGCGUGGACCCGAACGAUCCGAAGAUCCAGGCUGCUAUGGCGCAGAUGGCAAAGAAGGACGAGAAGAAGGAUGGUAACGAUGAAGAAAAGAAGGAGGACGAGUAG